UCCUGAUGUUCAAGUUGUAUUUACAAACUGCAACAUUAUUGUGGCAUCAAUCCUCUACAUAUACAAGUACAUUUCAGAUUUCUUGCUUCAAAAUCAUAAGUUGUUGACUUGUAAAGAAUAUGUAUCAACAAAAUUGUGUGACUCUUGCCGUAGUGACCUUCGUCUUGAUGACAGGGUUGAUACAAGGUCAAAAAUGUAGAAGACAAGAUAUAAGAAGUUUGGGCAAUGAUAUGACCAGUAAGAUAUCUACUUUAGGAUCUGAAGUGAAAGAUAAAAUUGAAAUACUGACGACAAAGUUAGAAGAUGAAACUGGUGGAAUUUCUGAUAAAAUAUCAAUUUUGGAAUCUUUAAUGGAAGAUGCAAACGGGGAUGACAAGUCAGCAUUUGGGUCAAUAAUUGAUCAACUGGCACAGUUGGAGUCUACACUAAGUGCACUUGUAGCAAACAAAGACUGUAUUCAAGCCCAGGAUGGACCAAGUAAAAUACUUACAAAGACUGGAAAGAGUGUUGAAGCAAACUGUGAAAAUGGAUGGUUGGUAAUUGCCCACAGAUUCAAUGGCAAAGUGCUCUUUGAUCGUACAUGGAUUGAGUACAAAAAUGGCUUCGGGUCAAGGUUGAGUGAAUAUUUUGUUGGGUUUGAGGCUAUUUUGUCUGCCCUCAAGCGAGGAGAAUACAUGAUACGAUUUGACCUUGUUGGAUGGAAGAAUGAGCAUGGACAUGCAGAAUAUGCAACCUUUAGUGUUAGUGAUGAAAAUGAUGGCUAUAAACUAAAUGUUACAGGUUAUAAUUUCACGGGAACAAGUAACAUUGAUGACUACCUAAGUGGGCUAAAUGGUAGACCAUUUAGUACAUUGGAUAACAGGAAGGAAGAUGAGCAGUGUCCCAUUUAUCGGAGAGGUCCUUGGUGGCAUGGUGCCAGAGGCUGUGGAGAUUCAAACCUAUUUUCAGUUUACGCUAACGACCCAAAAUGUGAUGAAAACUAUUCAUGCAUGUUUUGGUAUGGAUUUCCAAGGGACAUAACUAAAUUUCCACCUUAUCCUCUUGAUUACUCACUCAAAGAAAUGAAAAUGAAAAUUAGACCUGCAUAUAAUGUCUAGCGUUUAAUCGAAAUGAAAGGUCCAAUAAAAUAAGACAUUA